GUCAGAGCCAGCUUGCCUGGAGCUCUGUGUGAUCUGACAUGGAGGGAUUUGGAUAGCUAAGCUUACGCUCCUUCAAGGAAUGGCUAUGACACUUUUUGUGUGCUUUUGCUAUUGUACCUGGCUGGCCUGCUCCUCUGCAGGCGCUUCAAGACUGGUGUACGGCAGCCAAGCCUAUAGUCUGCUACCACCCUUGCUCAAGGAGCUGUCAGAGCGCCCAGACUGGAAGAACGAAACACCAGGCCCUCAAUCAGUAGCCAUCAAAUACAUGAAAAGGCUGUAUAAAAUGCUGGCCACCAAAGAAGGAGUUCCCAGGGCCCAUAAGAGCACAGAAUAUAAUACGGUCCGUCUAUUUACACCAACAACUGAGUGCAAAGUGGGACCAAGAGAAGAGAUAAAAAAUGUGAAAACCCUGGACUUGUUGUUCAAUAUUGACAGUGUGUCUACAUUGGAGCAACAUCUUCGCUCUGUCUUGGUUUAUUCUGUAAGUAAACAAUAUUCCUCUUCAAAUCUCUCCUGCACCUGUAGCCUGGAGUUUGUGGAUCAAGAGACUGAAAGCCCUGUCUGUCCUAGACUUCUGUAUACAUCUGAAUUUCAACUGCAGAGAAAGCAAAGGUGGAUUGAGAUUAACGUAACCUCUUUUCUUCAAGCGUUUGUCACGAAUCGGCAAAACAUUCACCUGUUGUUUAAUUUGACAUGUAUGAGGAACAAGGUUCACUACAGUUUUGGAAUAGGGGAACCGCUAAGAAAAGCAAGGUCUCCUCCAUGUUUGCUUCUUUAUUUAAAUGACACCAGAAGUUUGGCAUACCACUGGAAAAAGUUGCAUAUAGGUCAUCCCAGCUGGGAUCAGAGUGGGCAUGUAAUUUCAUAUCUCAGUGAUUUAGCGGAAAACCUCCAAAUGCAAAAAGCCUCUCGCCAACGUAGAGGCCAAGACACGGAGGUGAACAGUCCACCUGAGUCAAUUGCAUUUAACUUCAGUGAGCUAGCCAAACAAUUUGUGCAUCAUCAAAAUGAGUGUGAGCUUCAUCGAUUUCGACUCAGCUUCAGCCAACUGAACUGGGACAAAUGGAUCUUGGCACCAAAUCGAUAUAGCCCAGAUUACUGCAAAGGAAUAUGCCCUAGGGUUGUUGGCCACAGGUAUGGUUCUCCAGUACAUACUAUGGUUCAAAAUAUAAUCUAUGAAAAACUGGACUCUUCUAUACCCCGGCCUUCUUGCGUCCCAUCUGAAUACCGACCCAUGAGUGUUCUCAUCGUUGAACCUGAUAAAUCUAUAGCAUAUAAAGAGUAUCAAGAUAUGAUUGCAACCAAAUGUACCUGCCGUUAGCCUUCCUUUGCAUAAUCGUGAUCUGUGUGACCAGCCAUAAGCAGCCCAUGCUUUUAGGUUUUAUAGUGACAUAAUGGUAGAAAAGUUUAAUGACAAAUGGAAUGUUAGAAUUUCAUCUACCCAUAUCCAAAAGCUGGUAUUUUGUAUUGUAUUAGGAAAAUUUGCCAAUUAUUACUUUUCUUUGUUCCAAUCCUAUUUGCUUCUGGUUUUAUGGUAAAGGUACAUUUAAAUUUGCUUGAAAAAAUCCUCCAUCUUCAAUGUAAACCUGAAAGAAAACUGCUUUACAAAGAAAAAUAUGAACUUUUUGUAU